AACACGUCGGCCAAAUUUAAUUUGAUUUGUCUUUUGUUUUCAUCUAAUUUCCAAUUUAUUACAAGAAGAAAAUUAAAAAUCAUACAUUCCAAUUGCAUUCACAAAAAUGGUAGAAACAAGCCAUAAAUACAGCAUAUUGCUGCCAACUUACAACGAAAAAGAUAAUCUUCCAAUAAUAAUCUGGUUAAUAGUAAAAUAUAUGCAACAGAGUAAAUUUAAUUACGAAAUCAUAGUAAUCGAUGAUGGUAGUCCAGAUGGAACUCUAGAUGUAGCCAAAGAUUUGCAAAAAAUCUAUGGCGAAGAUAAGAUUGUUCUACGUCCAAGAGCAGCGAAACUCGGUUUGGGCACUGCCUACAUCCACGGAAUCAAACAUGCCACUGGAGAUUAUAUUAUUAUACUCGAUGCUGAUCUAAGUCAUCAUCCAAAAUUCAUUCCAGAAUUCAUAAAACUUCAACAAGAACACGAUUUGGACAUUGUCUCUGGGACAAGAUAUGAAGGCAAUGGUGGUGUUUAUGGAUGGGAUUUUAAGCGAAAGCUUAUAUCUCGUGGAGCUAAUUUCUUAUCACAACUUUUGUUGCGUCCAAAGGCAUCCGAUUUGACGGGUUCAUUUCGUUUGUAUAAAAAACAUGUCUUAGAGAAGUGCAUCGCUAGUUGUGUGUCCAAGGGCUAUGUAUUUCAAAUGGAAAUGCUUGUCCGAGCUAGACAACAUGGGUUUAGUAUUGGUGAGGUUCCAAUAACAUUUGUAGAUCGAGUUUAUGGAACUUCAAAAUUGGGUGGGACAGAGAUUAUACAAUUUGCGAAAAACUUGCUUUAUUUGUUUGCAACGACUUAAUUGAAUAAAACUUUAUCAGAAAUUA